GUUGGCUUGGUAGCGGCUAAAUUGUCAUGCGGUCUGUUCUGCUCCGUUCAAUUGAAAAGAAGUUGCCCUAGCUGCGGCACGGUCCGCCUGACUCGUUCGUUUCUGAGAGUGCAUAGUGUGUUGUCCGUGUUUAUCGAGGUUCAUUCGAGAAGUGUUUCUAGAAUUUCACUGUAAAUUUGUUAAGUGUUGAGAUUUUCCCUAGAGGAUACGCGCUGAAAGGACAUUUCCUUGCUUGGAUGCUAUUAUACAACUCCCAACUGCGUCGCGAGGAGAGCUCUAUUGAUUGACUGUAAAUUCCGCCGUUAAUUCCAGUUAUCCUGAGUGUUGUGUUUGUGUUGUAUCCUUGAGCUAGAAAACCUUAAAAGCCACCAUGUCAGCUGAUGCAGAACUAAGCAGCAUCCUUAACCGUCGUCAACAAAUCAACGAUGCCCUGGAGAACGGGGAGGAGAUCAAGCACAGCUUCAAGGUGGUGAACGUAUACACCGAGUUCCAUGAAUUCUCCCGCAAGCAGAUUAAGGAUUAUCAGGCGACCUUUAACCGAUAUGACAGUGGUCACGAUGGUUUCUUGGACCUGACCGAACUCAAGGUUAUGAUGGAAAAAUUGGGUGCCCCCCAAACUCAUUUGGGCUUGAAGGCAAUGAUAGCCGAAGUCGAUGAAGAUCACGAUGGAAGAAUAUCCUUCCGGGAAUUUUUGCUCAUCUACCGUAAAGCUCAAGCUGGCGAAUUGGAUUCUGACUCAGGACUGAGCCAAUUGGCGCGUCUCACUGAAAUCAAUGUUGACGAAGUGGGUGUGGGCGGAGCGAAAAAUUUCUUUGAAGCAAAAAUCGAACAACAACUUCGCUCAAAUAAGUUCCACGAUGAGAUUCGACAGGAACAGGACGAACGCAGACGUGCCGAAGAGGAGAAAGUCAUGCGGCGUGCACAAUUUCAACAGAGAGCUGCAAUAUUUCAACAGAAUUAGAUUAGAUACUCGUAAUAUAAUGCAAUAGAUUAAUAUGACGGUAGAUUAAAACCCUGAUGUAUUUUUACAUACUAAAAAUGUAUUUGACUCUGUAAUAAUGUCUAAGUAAAAUGGUUUUAUUAUUCUAGACUUUAAGAUUUAUUUGAAUAUCUUUUAACAUGUGUUUACGGAUUCGUUUUUGAAAUUUGUAUUCUAAUGUUCACUGACAAAAUUGUUUUACCGAAAUAGUCAACAGCAAUGUAAUUUUGUGUGCCAUUCAGUUUAUUGGAAAGUCUAUGUUUGUAUCAGUAAUUAAAGUUGAUAUUAAAACAGAAUUAAAUUGAGAAAAACUGCAGUUAGGGCAAUGAUAAUUUGACUAAGAACCUAGGUUUCCCCAAAGAUUGGUGGUUUGCCAAUCGGGUUCCAAUUUCUUUGUAGAGAAACAAAAAUGUCUCUCUUUUAUUCUAGUUCCAAUUGAAAUAGAUACAAUUCUUUUGUAGUACAUUUUCAACCAAAGUAUUUGAUAUUCUUAAUGGAUCAAAGCAACUUAGAAAUUAUUAUAAAAAAGAUGAAUUCGCUCAAGGCUAAAUGACGUUGCCUAUUUGGCUUCUUUAUGUAAUCCUCUCACAUCACGCUAUCCUAUCAUCCACAUAAAUUAAAAAAAAAAAAUACGUCAAUUAACACGUUCAAGGGAGUUAAUAAUAGAUGCAAAUAUUUAGGGAAAUAAGGAGAUAGUUUCCUUGAAGAUACGUUUAGAACUUAGAAAUGUUGUAAAUAUUGUAAUAAAAACAUUUGACAGAGUGUAUAUAAUAAAGGAUAACUGAAAGUAA